GACUAAUUUCACGAACAAUAACAUUUUUAUCUACGAAAUUUACAUAGAAUGUUCAGAAGAGCGUUCAACUUCAUAUACCGAAAAACUCGUCGCAAGAAAAAGAGAAAGCCAAGGGUUGAGGAAGAAGAGGCCCCAAGAGAAGAGCCUGACCAAUCUCGAACCGGAUCUUCAGCGACAGAAGAGUCCAAAUCUUACAGCGAUCACCGCAAGGCUAGGCUAACGAGGAAAAAAGAUGCAGAAGAUGAAGUGGCGCUGCCACAAGACGAUACAGAAACUGCUAUUCUCACAGGAGAGCCCACUCUGACUAGAAAGAGACCAUCUAUCACAGCAGCGCCUGCAAAGAAAACCCCUACAAGGCAGCCAUCCCGCGAAGGCACCAGACGAUUGAGAAAAGCGGUACCAGACCUGCCCGAACAAACACAAGAAGAAAGUUCGGUAAAAUUAGCGAAAAAGCGCAAAUCUGGGGCACAAAGGCGAUGGAAGAUAACUGAAGACAGAACCAAAGCUGACGAUGAAGAUGAAGAAAUAAAACCAGCUGCACCAAUAGUUAUUCCCGAGAUAUAUCGCAAGAAGAUGAAGAAACCGCCAACACCUCUACAACCAGCAGAGGAGAUAGAAUCUGAAUUACUCGACUAUUGGCUGUAUCCUGAUGGAAGACCACCCAAGAAUGGAGUAGUUGUAUGGGAAGGCGAUUUAACAGCAUUGAUAGCAAAACAUGAAAACAAACCUGCAGCGGUACAAGAAACAAAGAAAUCAGAUAAGAAAAGUGUAGUUUUGUCAGAAAUUCCCUCUGACAGAGAAUCUGAUCUGAGAAAACAGGGAAAAACACAAGCAGUGGGAUUGCAACCUACCGCUGAAGCUCCAAAGUUUGCGCAACAAGCUUAUGGUGUAGCCGACCGACCUCCGCAGCAACGAUCGCAGGUUUCCGCCUCAAAAAUCAAGCAGCCAGCCUUUCCAUCUAAGCCGUUACAAACUCCAGUCCAAGAAGCAUAUUACUUCCCAACAACAGCACCCACUUACCCUCCUGGAAUAAAUCCACCUCCAUACAUGUUCCCGACUUCUGACCCUGCUCCAAAACCACGACCAUCAGAGCAUCGGCGACUACAACAGUUUACAGGGGUAGGCCCUAGUAUGCCAUUGUGAUAGAGGAUGAUGCACAAAAGUGACUUGUUAUCGUGUACAUUUGCCUCAAAAACAGAAAUUAGAC